UCGCAUCAACUGAGAUCUUUGUCCAAGUUACGUCUUUAUUUCUUUAACGAUGCCAACUAGGGCGGAACGCCCGAAUUUCGUACCGUUUCAGGAUACUCAGUACAGUUGGACAGACGAUUUGCCAGUAUGUAAGCAAUCCGGAGUAGGAUUUUCUACGAAUCAGAUAUAUCGCGAGGAUGGAUGCAGGCAAGAGGAGCAUUCGUUCGAGGAUCGUAGCUUCCACUGCCGCUACGACGACUCGACGUUUCUCUACGGAGUGUUCGAUGGCCACGAAGGCACGAAAGUUGCAAACUUCGCCAUGCAACGGAUGGCCGCAGAAAUUCUACUUGGCCAGCUGAAUGGCAAAUCAACAGACGAAGAAGUGAAAGAAGUUCUUCGACAGGCGUUCAUAGCUGUGGAAAGGGGAUACUUGGAUUCCAUCGGAGAUCUCUUAGCCGAGAGAGCCAGCUUGCAGUUCGAUAUACCCGACGGAUUAAAUUCAUAUGAAACUUACCAAAAGUUCCCGCACUUGGUGGACAAAUUAAACGCGCUGAACUGUGAACUCUCCACGGGGAGUAGCGCGGUGGUUGCACUUAUUUUUCGCGGACGAUUGUACGUCGCCAACGUCGGCGACAGCAGGGCUUUAUUAUGCAAAACAGAUUCGAAUCAGGUGUUGAGAGUAGUGCAGUUGAGCGUAGAUCACGACCUAAGAAACGAAGAUGAACUCUUAAGAUUAUCUCAUUUAGGAUUAGAUACAGAUUCUAUAAGGCAAGGAUCUCGUCUUGGGAACCAAGAGACCACGCGUUGCCUUGGUAAUUACCUCGUCAAAGGUGGUCAUCGAGAAUUCGAGGAGUUGGCGUCUGCUGCCGCGGAACCCGUUAUCGCUGAACCAGAAAUACACGGAGGGAUAGAGCUUGAUGAUUCUUGCAAAUUUCUGUUACUCAUGUCUCGCGGACUUUACAAGUCGUUGGAGGAAGUGACCGGAGCCGAACAAGUUAAUAUAAAGUUAAUCAAUUACGCGGUUCAAGAGUUUCAGGUCCAGUCCACUCUAACGGGAGUCGCCCAGGCCGUUGUAGAUAAAGUCGUGAGGAUUCAUCACGACAUUAAUAUGAGCAAUUUGCAAAAUACAGUAACCACCGGCAAGCGAGAAGAUAUAACGUUGCUCGUACGAAAUUUUAAUUUCCCUUUACCGCACGCGCUCAGGAGUCCGACUACUCAGUCGGUCAGAUUCAACCCGAUCGUUGAAUCGGCUCCGAUCACAACGAUGCCGGAGAAUGAUUAUUCGAGCACCGGUAUCACCGAAGAGACUUCCGAUCUGUCGACUACCGAGACCUCGUCAACGUCGGACAUGUACCCCAUGGGCGCCAGACCGACCGACAGGAAUACUAGGAUCAAACCCUACGUCAGUUUUUCCGAAUAUUACGAGAAUGUUGAGAAGAGGCGUCGGGAGGGAACGUUACCAGAAGGUAUAAACUUUUAAGAUGACUACAUUGAUAUUUCAUCUUGAAUUCACGAAACAGAGAAGGUGCAUCUCCGCGCGCGUGUGUGUGUAUAUAUAUAUACGAAAUAUAUUACUUUGUAUACAUGUGUUUCGAAUUGCAAUUAGAAAUAUAUGUAUAAAUUUAU